AUGACAGAUAUGAAUGACUUGAAGUUCUUCAUAUCAAUUCACAGCUGGGUGAUCUUGCCCAUCGCUCUACCUGUGGUGUGCUUGGCCAUAUGCGGGCUCCUGUCCCUGAUCAAGAGUGACCAUGUGAUGCCGGUGUACGUUAUCAACCUGCUGAUCUCUGAUGUGCUUCAGAUGUUUGGCAGACCAAUCUACCUCAGCAUGACGCCUUCGGGUGUCGUUUAUGAGCUGAUUGCUUUCCUCUAUUGCUCUGGGCUUCAUGCAAGCAUCUUCUUCAUGUUGUGCAUUGCUGGGGAGAGAUACGCCAUGAUCGUCCAUCCCCUGUGGUACAGGUUUCACCGGACUAUCAAAAAGUCAAUUCUCUGCUCUAUUACUGUGUGGAUGGUCACUUUUAUUUCACUCGUGUUUGUUAUUUGGUGUGUUCUGUGUCUUCUUCCCUAUCCGUUUGCCUUAUUCUUCUUUGUGGAGACCUGGAGGGCUCUCUCCAAGUCCAUCUCCAUCUCUCCACGUGAACAGAGGAGGAUCAUGGGAAUGCUAGCUCUCGUCCUGAUCAUCUACACUGCUUUCUUCUUGCCCCACAUCGUAGUGACACUGCUCAUGUGCUCAUGUCCCUGGAUGUUCACAGACUACUCGUUUCAGUGCCUGACUGCGCAGACGCAGUCACCGGGAAGAGCAGGAGCGUAUUGUGAUGAAUCCUCCACUGAUGAACACCACUACCAGCACUGGAACAACCUGAUCGCACAGAAUUCCGUGACAUGA